UGUUUCGCAAGUCUUUGCUGUCUUGAACGUCUUGCUAUCGGUAUAAAAUAAGGUUGGGAAGAAGGAGAGCUUUGGGAAUAUAUGUAAAAUGAACAUUAUAUGAAGUUCUUACUUCUGUGUGUCUCUAAAACAGUUGAAGGUUUUUGCCCAGCAAGAGUGUAAUUAACAAAUGUUCAAACAAAUGAAGAACCAUAACUGAAUUGCCUUCCUCUGUGUACCCGUCUCCAUCCUCCUUCUGUCUGUCUGUCUGUCCAGCAUUGGCGGGAAAAUUGUUUUGCCAGUAACUAGAAAGGAGUUACUUUCAAAGACCUAACCUAUGUAAUACUUUGUUCUUGUACAUUGUAUGCCAGUGAAUAGCAGCCUCGUUAAAAACUAUCAGAAAGAGCUGAUACAGUAAUUGCAAAAAACAAUUUACAGCUAGUCUGCCAUUUUGUGGGUUUCUGAAAUUCUGGGAACAGUGUUGCCUUUUUACAAAGUGCUAGCAAAAAGCUGGCUACAGCAUUCUGUACCAAUUUUUUAAUGAUUGGCUGUUACAGCUAAUCCCAUGUGGGGUUUGCAGGUAGUCUAAUACAAAGAUAAUUGAUGUUAAUCCUGAUGUGUACCUGAGAGGAUGGAUCUUCUUUCAUUGCUACAGUAUCUCUAUUUUGGAUAAGUAGAUGUGACAAGCUAUUACUUGAAUUUCUAGACAAAACAAUGUUGCGAAGUCUCCCAUCAGUGGCUUAAUUUUCUUGGUCUCUGUUAAAAGUUUAAUGAGGGUGGUGGUGAUAUAUGUGUACGUCCUAGUAAGUUCUAAUUCAGGUUUUGUAUUACAGCAAAACUUAACCACACCUAUGCUGACCACAUUUAAAGUUAUGUGAUAUGGCAACUUAGUCCAUGUUUCAUUUUUUGUUUUGUUAUAAUUACAAAUUCAGCUUAACUCUUGCUCAGACAUAAAACAACUUACGGUAAGUUGGAGUAAUAUGCAGUAGUAUAAGGAAAUGAAAGUGAGACUUAUUGAGACUCCUUCAGGACCUAUGGAUGCUGCAAUAGGCAGGACAGCCUGAUAUAGAAAUACAAAGUAUCACAGAAAUCUAUGGGGGAAAGUGGUGUAUUUUAAUAAUAAUUUUGACGGUGACCAUGCAUGCCAUGGAGUGAGAUAAAUUUAAAAAUGCACUGUACAGAAAUACUUUUGCUUUUAAAAUUAUGACUGGAUUGCUCAAACAAAGCUGUUUGUGUAUUAGGCACCUGUGGUUUACAGUAGUACCUGGUUGUUGUUGUUGUUUUAGUAAUCACUGCAGAUAUGAUGGGAAAAAUAGUCUCACUGUUAUAUGUAUCUGAGAUGGAAAUUAUACCGGUAAUUUUUAUAUCUCAAACAGAAGUGCCAUUCUGGAUCAGGCCAAAGAUCAGUCUCCUUUCAGGGGGUCCUCGAGGAGGCAUGAGGGUGAUAGACUGCUUCUGUUUGUUCCCUGCCUCUAGUGUUUAGGUGUAUACUGUCACUGUUUUGGAUGUUCUGAUUAAUUCUAUCAGCUAGUAGCACAAUGGCUAUCCCCCAUGAUUUGUAUUUUUAAGUUGUCUAUCAGUGCAAUCCUCACCAUCCACUCAGAAGCAAGUCCCAGGUAAGUGGAAUUAUGAUUGCAGCCUAAUUGCACUUGGUGAGUUCUGCAAGUUAAAUUCAACGAAAUGCCACUUGUCUGUCCUGAACCUACUACCAGUCAACUUUAUGGUGUUUGGCAUUUCUCUGCUCAAACACAUUCCCUGCUUGAACAAGUAGCAACAUGUUACUUGUUACAUUGCAAAUUAUAGAUGCUGCACUUCAAUGCACCUCGGCAUACUCCUUGUUGCAAAUGGUUGGUGGAGCUUUGGAGGUGAGUAUAAGUUCAGGUUAGCCUAUAAUCAUAGGCAUGCUUACUGAAAGUAUAUUUCAGUGAAAUCAAUGAGAUUUACUUAACAGUUGAAUGUGUUUUAGCACUGGGAUGCUUGGUCAUAACCAGUGACGUGGGAAUGAAAAUUUUCUGCUGCACUUGCUUCUCCACUGAAAUUUUACCAUUUGUAGAUAUGCAUGGUUUUAUGAAAUUAAUUAGUAAAAUUAUGAAUGUGUACAAUACCUAUACUAUUUGGUGAUCUAAAAUCAAAGCUCUAACUUUUUUUCAGUACUUCCCUAAGAAGUACUGUUUCUUUAUACAUUUGGCUCUUAAAGCUUCAGUACCACACAUUAUUUACAGUUUAAGAAGUAGAACAAAAUAAGGGAACUGAUGUGAGUUGUAGUCCAAAUAUUCUGGAAGACACUGGGUUGGGGAUGGCUGUCUUACAAAAUUGUGCAUCAUGUGGAAAAAGAGGAUAGAGAGAGAAUUUCUCUCCUUGUCGUAACACAGAAAUUUGGGGUCAGCCAAUGAGAUUAAUUGAUAGUAGAUUCAGGAUUGGAAAAAGCAAGUGCUUCACAGAAUGACUAAUUAGCUUUACAGGAUUUCCUGUUACAAAAUUUGAUGAGUGCCAUGAGCUUUAGUCACAUUAAAAACAGCUUAGACAGGUUAAUAACUGCUAUUGAGCAGUGUAACACCAUUUGUUUGUUUUUUUUUAAAAAAGAUUUGGGUAUUUAGAGACUGGUUAGGUUAACAUUUGUUCCAGGAAAACUGGUGGAAAUCAUUAUUAAAGUUAAGAUUACCAAGCAUACAGAAGAACAAGUCUUGCUGAAGAAGAAGGAGUGCGGCUUCCACAAAGGUACGUUGUAUCUAAUUUUUUAUUGGAGAGUGUCAAGAACAUGUGAAUAAUUAGUAGACAUUGUGAUAAAGAACUUUUGAUAAAGUUCUGCUCCAAAGACUCUUGACUAAGUUUAGCAGUCAUUAUAAAGACCGUCUCAGGAAGAUCUUUUAAAAGACCAAGAUGCAGAGAGUAGGUAUAAACAGAAUGUUCUCACAAUGGAAUGAUGUAAGAAGUGAGAUCUCCCAAGGAUUUGUAGUGUGACUGGUGCCUUUUAGGUGUUUAAAAUGAAAAAGGGCUAUGAGCUGCUCCAAAAGGACUUCUUCAUACUGGGUGAGUGGGCAUUAAAAUGGCAGAUAUGGUUCACUGUAAGAAAGAAUAAUGUGAUGUUCAUUGGAUCAAAAAGUUCUAACUUCACAUGUAUGCCAGUGGUCUGAGCUGGCAGUGACUGACCAGGAAAGAGAUAUUGGAGCCAUGGUGGAUAGUUUAAUGAAAAUGUGGACUUGGUGUAUGGCAGCUGUGAAAAGGGUGAAUGUUUGAGUUCAUGAGAAAAGGGAUUGAAAAUAAUUUUGCCAAUAUAAUAAUAUACAAAUCUGUGGCACAGCCACACUUGAAAUACUCUGCACAGAUGUCGCCACCAUUCUCAAUAAGGUUAUUGUAGAGCCAGAAAAUAUUCAUAAGAAGGUAACCAAAAUGAUCAAGGGCUGGAGCAGUUUCUUCAUAAUGGAAGGCUAUCUGCAUCAUUUGGGGAUUUUUUUAAAAAGGUGUAGAAGGAAAGAGUGUGAUAGAGGUAUAUAAAAUUCAGCCCAGAGUGGAGAAGGUUGAUAUGCAGAUGUUUCCCUCUUACUUUCAAAAUAUUUGAACCCAGGGUUUAUCCAAUGAAGCUGAAUGUUGGAAAAUUCAGGACCGAUAAAAGGAAGUUCUUCACACAGCACAAAGUUAAACUAUAGAAUUUGCACCCACAAUAUGUAGUGGUGGCCAUCAACUUGGACAGCUUUUAAAGGGGAUUAGACAAGUUCAUGAAGUUUAAGACUAUUCAUUGCUGCUAAUCAUGAUGUCUGUGUACUACCAGUAUCAGAGGCAUUGAGUGAAUGAGUUGGCAUCUGUCUCGGGAGACAAUGGAAGAGUGCCGAUGAAGAGUUUUAGCACAUGUUGUGACUGUAGAGACCAAUUGAGGCAGAUGAAAGCGUUUUGGUUUACCUCCUACAGGUGCACCAUGGCAUUCCUUCUGUCUGUGCUCCUUCCAGUGGUUAUUCCUCCUUUGGUGACUUCUGUGGAUGCAUGACCUGACUGCCUGUCUCCAGGCACUGCAAUCAGCAAGGGAUUCCCACAUGGCGGGGUUAAUGCUGCCGGCCUUCAUGUCAAGUUUGCAGACACCUUUAUAGGAGUUGGUCUGCCACAGGCCUAGUGACUGAAGCCAGCUGCCUGUAGAGCAGUGCUCCCCAACCUUUUUAUCGCCGCGGACCAGUCAACAUUUGAUAAUUUUACCAUGGCCCGCUGAGGGAGGGAACGUUGAUUGUUUAUAUUUUAUUUAGAUUGUUUUGAUUUAAUAAUUUUAAUUUAAUUGUAUUUAAAUGUUCCUUGGGCGGCCCGGUACCAAUUGAUCCACGGACCGGUUCCGGUCUGUGGCCCGGGGGUUGAGGACCACUGCUGUAGAGCAUGUCCUUGGGGAUCCUGCCAUCUUCCAUUCUGUGCACAUGACCAAACCAGCGUAGAUGUCACUGGGACAGGAGUGCAAACAUGCAAGGAAUGUGUGCUUGGGAGAGCAUAUCUUUGUUUGAGACUCUGUCCUGCCAUGUGAUGCCCCAGAUCUUCCUGACACAGCACAUAUGAAAGGCAUCUUAGGCAGUAUAUCUCUGAAUACCAUUUGGUAGAAAUUGUAAGUGGGGAGAGUGCUAUUGCACUCAGGUCCUCAUGGGGCUUUGGCUUGAUCCAGCAGGGUUGUUCUUAUUUGCCAAGAAUUGCAAAUGAAACCAGUUGCUAAGAGGCAACAGCAGGGGAGACCUGCUGCUUUCAGGCCCUACUGAUGGGUGACCUGUGUAAGAAAAAGGAUGACGGGAUGUAGACCAUUGGUCUGAUUCAGCAGUGCUGUACUUUUGCAGACACUGCAUAUUUUGACUUGAUGGGGUUUGUGGAGAAUCUGCAGCAGAAUUGAAUGAAUAUCUCUUCUUGGUGUGUCAUGAGAUGCCUUCCAGCAAGGCUUAUUUAUAGGUCAAAAGGUUAUAAAAUGUGGAAGUUUCAAUUGCAGUAUCCUUAACUGUGAAAUUGAGGAAUAUAUACUAAAACCAUGUGUUUUCAUUCUCCUUUCUUGGCAAAUGUAUGGGAGUGGAUGGGCUGCUGUUCUUUCCACAUCUUCAUACUUAAUGUGGAGCUUUUGACGCUCUGCAGUUUAUAGUGGGAAGAAGAAAACAAAGACAUAACAUGUUUCCUAACUGUAUUUAAUUUUGAUGAUAAAUGUAUCAUGUGGUUAAACAGCUCCUCUGGUGAUGUAACAUCCAUGCAGUCUUGUGUGUUAGCUUUAGCUGCUCUAUCAUAAUCUUACUAGUGACUUAAACCAACCCACAUAUAUUGGUUGAUUACGAGGGACUAGUUGUGCAAAUGCAUCUGCUAUGGUACUUCUGUUGUAAAUAUUCCAUUGCAAGUGUUCUCUUGUUACGAGGGAAUGUAAACACCAGGCUUUUGUCCUAAUCGCUAAGGAGUAUCUAAAUGAUUGAUUAUGCAUAGAGUGCAAUGAGUGGCAGCUGGUAUUUUUCAGUGUUUUUUCUUCAUCCUGAGUUGAUGUAUCUGACAAAGGAGUUUCUAUGAGGCUUCAUUUGUCAUCCUCAUGGGCAGCACACUAACAAGCAUUUGGUGAACAUUUAUAUCUGGACAAUCUGAGCAGCAUCUGACAAGGGAGCUAAAUCUGAUACUGUUGUCAAGGACCUGUGCUGUACCAGUAAGUUUCUAGUGCACUCAGAGCUGCUGACCCUACAUUGUGUUGAAAUGUAGCCUUGAGGUGUGUGUGUGUGUUUCAGUUACACCAGGUUUGGAGAACCUUUGGCCCUCCAGAAAUUGCCAAACUACAACUUCCAUUAUCCCAUGCCAUUUGUCAUGCUUGCUGUAGCUAAUGGCAGUUGUAGAUCAGCAACAUCUGGAGGGUCAAAGUUCCCCCACACCUGAUCUAAAGCAAGGUUUGUAUUGGCAGUAAGAAAAAAAUAGGCAUCAGAAGGUUUGUCAAGGGCAGGUAGCAAGGCAUGCAAACUGGGAAAUGAUAUAAUUAAAGUUUAUAGUUUAAACAGAAAUACAAUAGGACUGCUUCCUUCAUUAUUACCAUGUAUAACAGUGUAUAAUGAUUGCAUUCUCUAUUGAAGGUGCCAUUUUGUUCCCUUUUUAAAUUUCCAGAGAUAAGUGUUGCCACUUUUACUUAAGCUGUUUUUAGACACAAUCAUUGGGCACAAUGUCUUAAUGCAGUCCUAGGCGUUACUGGUUAAUACAAGCACCUUGGGUACAUACAUGACAUUGUGAUAAGAAAGACGUAACAAAUUGUGCAUUGGCUAUGAUCCAAAGAACAUAGAAACUGGUUCCAUGAGCCCAAGGGAGGUUUGGGCUGGCGUAUCUUGAACAGUAGCCCCUAUCUUCUGCAGUGCUAUAUAGAAUGCCUAUUGGGAAACAGAAGGAAAUUUCAGGAGUUGUUUGUGAUAUGGCAUGGAGGAAUGCCCUUUCAAAGAAGAAAAAUAAAAAAAACCCUACUUUUCACACCAAUGUUCAUAAGCACACUCAGGUUAACUCUUUUAUUGCUGGCUAUAGUUUGUGGGUCUGGCAUAGAUUAUCCAUAGGUACUUUAUAUUUUAAGGAGAAAUAACAUUUUUUAUCCUAUUGAAAUUGAAGAUACUGCUUUCCUUAGGCCUGUACUGUUGUUUGAGAUGUCAUAGCUGUAUGCAUAGUGCAUAACCGUAUGCUCUGGAUCAUUUGUCUCAAGUAUGAGGAAGUACAAUUUCUUGUCUUUAAUGUAGUUUCUUGCCUUAGAUCCACCAAUCCGGUGACCCAUCUGAUUUAAUGGCUGCCGGAACCCUGCUAGCUGUACAGGUUUCCUUGUCUUUCUAACAACAUUAGGAGUGCAUAUUGGGAUUUCGUUCAAGAAAAGAAGUAGAUACACCAAGCUGAAGAUGAUUGGCUGCUCUCUUUUGACAGACAAGUGUGAAAAGGAAACCCCAUUCGAAUUUCCAUUCAUUCUGGAUUGGUGGAUCUGAAGCACAGAAACAGAGUUUCAGUGUUCUGUGCCAAGGUCUUUGUGGCUAGGCUGCUCCAACCUGGUAGAGAGCAUGUGCGCACUGAGAUGCCUGCAGAGCAUGCCCAGUGUCAGAUGUCUCCAGAACACAUCAGUAAUGGAGGAUCAGAAUGAAGAUGAGUCUCCAAAGAAAAACACACUGUGGCAGAUAAGCAAUGGAACUUCAUCUGUGAUAGUCUCAAGGAAACGACCAUCUGAAGGAAACUACGAAAAGGAAAAAGACUUGUGUAUUAAAUAUUUUGACCAGUGGUCUGAAUCGGAUCAGGUUGAAUUUGUGGAACACCUUAUUUCACGAAUGUGUCAUUAUCAGCAUGGACAUAUUAAUUCUUACCUAAAGCCUAUGUUGCAAAGGGAUUUCAUCACUGCUUUACCAGAGCAAGGCUUAGAUCACAUAGCAGAAAAUAUCCUCUCCUACCUUGAUGCCAGGUCACUCUGUGCAGCAGAGCUGGUGUGUAAGGAAUGGCAGCGAGUUAUUUCAGAAGGAAUGCUAUGGAAGAAGCUCAUUGAAAGAAUGGUACGAACCGAUCCACUUUGGAAGGGGCUCUCGGAAAGAAGGGGCUGGGAUCAGUACCUGUUUAAAAACAGACCCACAGAUGGCCCUCCUAAUUCAUUUUACAGGUCACUGUACCCAAAGAUAAUACAAGAUAUAGAGACUAUAGAGUCUAACUGGCGAUGCGGAAGGCACAACUUGCAAAGAAUUCAGUGCCGUUCUGAAAACAGUAAAGGUGUUUACUGUUUACAGUAUGAUGAUGAGAAGAUUAUCAGUGGCUUAAGGGACAACUCCAUUAAGAUCUGGGAUAAAACAGGAUUGGAAUGUUUGAAAGUAUUAACAGGACAUACUGGCUCCGUUCUCUGCCUGCAAUAUGAUGAAAGAGUAAUUGUAACUGGAUCUUCUGACUCCACUGUGAGAGUUUGGGAUGUGAACACAGGUGAAGUCCUCAACACACUGAUUCAUCACAACGAGGCUGUGCUUCACUUGCGUUUCAGCAAUGGCUUAAUGGUGACCUGUUCAAAGGACAGAUCUAUUGCUGUCUGGGAUAUGGCCUCACCGACUGACAUCACUCUGCGCCGUGUACUAGUUGGCCAUCGGGCGGCUGUUAACGUUGUUGACUUUGAUGACAAGUAUAUUGUAUCUGCUUCUGGUGAUAGGACCAUUAAAGUCUGGAGCACGAGCACAUGUGAAUUUGUUCGCACUCUUAAUGGGCACAAGCGAGGCAUUGCCUGCCUGCAAUAUAGGGAUCGGCUUGUUGUCAGUGGAUCAUCAGACAAUACCAUUAGGCUUUGGGAUAUCGAAUGCGGAGCCUGUUUAAGAGUGCUAGAAGGACACGAAGAACUGGUUAGGUGCAUCAGAUUUGAUAACAAGAGGAUUGUAAGCGGAGCCUAUGAUGGCAAAAUCAAAGUUUGGGACUUGCAAGCUGCUCUUGACCCCCGUGCCCCAGCAAGUACACUAUGCUUACGUACAUUGGUGGAACACUCAGGACGUGUGUUUAGACUCCAAUUUGAUGAAUUUCAGAUCAUUAGUAGUUCCCAUGAUGAUACCAUUUUGAUUUGGGAUUUUUUAAAUGUGCCCCCCAAUGCUCAAAAUGAGACACGCUCUCCAUCAAGAACAUACACUUACAUCUCCAGAUAACAGUCUGCAACGUACUGCUCUCCAAGGAUUCCACAGUCUUUGAACUACUGGACAUUUGGCAAUUACGCACUUGAAGACAUCAGCCACCGCUAAAGUCAGAAGUGGUUCUAGAUGCUGUGUAGAUGCAAAGCAGCACAAGUCUAUAUCUAAACUUACCUUUCCCAGUCCUCCUCCACUCAGUCUGGUCUCCGCUGAGAAAUUGACUAGGAAUUCGCCGAGUCCAGCUAGAAGAAAUUCAGUCUGUCCUUCACGGCAACGCAAGACCCAAAGCUUCAUGAGUAAAUUGCCCAUGUACACUGAACUGAUGGCUUGUUUUUCCAGGAGUAAAUCAGAUGUCAAGGAAGGACUUGACCUAAUUUAUAUUUGCUUUGCACUUUUAUCUGACUCUGAAGAAGAAAAACAUUCUCGGUGAAAUGUGGGUGCCAAACAUACCCAGAAUGUACAGGGCUUUGCUCACAAAGCCACCCUCCUCCUGUAGACUUUACGUUUCACGACUGAUGCGGAUCCUGUUCUGUUGGCUAGGAGUAUCAAUUGGACUGAUAGAGAUAUUUCUGAAUGGAUCAGUAAUAUUUUGGAUGAUUGUUUACUUAUUUCUGCAACAGUAAUUUGCUUUUAAUUUAACGAUUGUAAAUUGGGUUAGAGUAUCUAAACUAGGUGUACAGCACUGUCCUUUCUUUUAAUUGUGCUUUGUACUACAGCCGUCCUCCUCCUCCUCCUCCUCCUCAUGUUUGGUAUAGUCGAAUCCUCCAUGUGUGCUUGCCUCAUAAUUUCCAAUACCCGUAGCUGUAUAAGCAUGUAGAUAUAUUGUACAUAAACAUUGUAACCUCCAAGUGCUGGGAGUCAGGGUCUCCUGAUACUGUAUGCAGAUGCCAAGGCAUAAGUUUUUAAGCAGCAAAGGCAUUCUUACUACUGGCACCAUAAUGGGGUUGGGACGAAUUGCUUUAGAAAUACUUCUCUGUGAAUAGGAGGAUUUUGGUAUCCAUUGGGAUUUUUUAAAAAAAGAAAAAGAAAAAUGAGGUGAAACAUCUUAAUUUUAAAACUCCAAGAACUUUUUUUUAUUCAAGAAAAUAAAAUAAAAGUAAAAGUUAAAAGUGGUUCUGAUUUUCCACGCCGCAAUAUUUGCAAACCAUCUUAAGCCGUUGGCCAAAGUUGCAUACCUGGAAACAACUUUAACAAUCCAUUCAGAUAGUCCUUGAUCCUACUGUGCUUAUUUGUUGAACUGAAGCAGAAACUGCAAUUCCACUGUGAUCUUGUAAGAGAGAUGGUUUGUGUUCCUUAACAGUUUUGCUGAGAAAACCUGGCGGAUUAUGGCAUCGCAUCAUUGGAAUAUCUUCUCCUUUAAAAGUAUGAUUGGUGGUGGCAGUUAGUCGUACGCUUCCCUGUACAAAAGCAAACUUCCUAGUCUCUCUCAUCUUUUUAAGUUAUUGCUGGGCAAUAUUGUUUAGUGGCUUCUUCUUAAUGCUAGUUUUGAAAAUUAUUAACUAAUAAAACAUAAUACUGGAUGGUCUAAGAACUGUGUAGUUGGCAUGGAUAUGGAUACUGUCAUUCCUUAGUCAUAUGGUUUUGUAUUUGUUUUUUCCCCUUUGCUGCCACUCCUGAUUUUUCUCUUUCCCUCUCCCUUUUUUUCUUUUGGUUGAGGGGUCAAGGAAUGUUGAUUACCAAUAUUAAAAAAAAAAGACCAAUGAAUGAAUAUUGCUUAUUUUA